GCAGUGCUCAGGGCCACCCGGAGGAGGACUAAGAGGUGGGCUCGGGACUGUGGAGCCCUAGUGGGGGCCAUAGCCAGAGCCUGAGACAGUCACGGAGGAACAAGACCAAGACCUGCUCAUCUAACAAUCUCAAAGACAGAAUAUGACUGAAAGAGACAGGAAGAGGCGGUCUACCAGGUCUACCCGUGCCUCCAAGAUGAUCACGCCACCUGCAAUAUCAAAGAUGCAAACAAUAAUGCGGAAGGAGAUGGUGAGAGAGUUCUUGGCCGAGUUCAUGAGCACAUUUGUCAUGAUGGUGUUUGGUCUAGGCUCCGUGGCCCACAUGGUUCUUGGAGAUAAAAUGGGGAGCUACCUUGGAGUCAACUUGGGUUUUGGCUUUGGAGUCACCAUGGGAGUGCACGUGGCAGGGAACAUCUCGGGGGCCCACAUGAAUGCAGCUGUUACCUUUACCAACUGUGCAAUAGGCCGAAUGUCCUGGAAGAAGUUUCCUGUGUACGUGUUGGGACAGUUCCUGGGCUCCUUCCUGGCUGCUGCCACCGUCUACUGCCUUUUCUAUGGUGCCAUUAUGGAAUUCUCAGAGGGAAAGCUGACAGUGACCGGUCCCACAGCCACAGCUAACAUUUUUGCCACCUAUCUUCCUCAACACAUGACAUUGUGGAGGGGCUUCCUGGAUGAGGUGAUAGUGACAGGGAUGCUUCAGCUGUGUCUCUUGGCCAUCACGGACAAGGAGAACAACCCAGCCCUGCAGGGGACACAGGCCGUGGUGAUCGGCAUCCUUGUAGUCAUCAUUGGAGCAUCCAUGGGCAUGAACUCAGGCUAUGCCAUCAACCCAUCCCGGGACCUGCCUCCCCGCUUCUUCACCUUCAUUGCUGGCUGGGGCACACAGGUCUUCAGUGCCGGGGACUGGUGGUGGGUGCCAGUGGUGGCACCUCCCUUGGGUGCCUAUUUAGGUGCCAUCAUCUACUUGGUCUUCAUUGGCUCCAGCACCCGACAGGAACCCCAGAUACUGGAGAACCCCCUAACGUACGAAGACCACAGAAUAUCUGUGUCUCGCCCACCCGUGACCUCUACCCACAACCCCGUCUCUGUGUAUCCCGACACCAGAUCUUCAGUCGUGUCCCACCCUUAAGGGACUCCAUCCGCCUAGAGUACCUCUAAGUAAGACUAUUUGUGACCCCCUCCCCAAUAAAGAAAGCCUUGUCCCGCAGUGGCAUCCCCACUUCCUGGGUGCCUGCUGUGGUUGGGCUUCCCUGCUGGAUUCUUCCAGGAACUCCAGGGUUACGCCCUGGCCCAAGGCUGGAGUACAGAGCUGAGAGACCUCCUACUCCCUCGGGCCCUGGGAGCUGGGGUUCCCUUUAGGGGGGAAAGCAGAAGGGCUGACCUGCGGCCUCUGUAAGAACAGGAUCAGGUUAGAGGACACUGGACACAGAACAGUGGACCUUCAGGCAAAGGGAGGGAGGGAAUGGCUUGGCUUGGGGGACGGGACACCAGGUAGCCAGCAGGUGGUCAUCUCUGGAGAUACCUUUUUUUCCCCCCCUUUUAGGGCCCCACCUGCAGCAUAUGGAAGUUCCAAGGCUAGGGGUCGAAUCCGAGCUGCAGCUGCCACAGCAACACCAACACUGGAUCUGAGCCGCAUGUGAGACCUACAUCACAGCUCAUGGCAACGCCAGAUCCUUAACCCACUGAGUGAGGGCAGGGAUAGAACCUGCAUCCUCAUGGAUACUGGUUCAGAACCCACUGAGUCAUGAUGGGAACUCCUCUGGAGAUACCUUGAGCUGCCCUGGGAUAGGACCCUAGACUCUCCCUCAGUGCUGGCCAGUCCGUGGACCAGGCAAGAUAAGGCCCAAGUGUGUAGAUAAGAGUUUCUCAACCAUUUUUUUUACUACCGCCCCUGCUCAGGAGCCUUUUAGAUACUUUUUUCUGAAUCACGUGAUAUUCUAAGACCACAGAUGUACUGCAUAUCUGUUUAUGCACUGUAUGUAUAUCUUUGCUUUAUACAUACAAAAAGUAAGAUUUUUUUUUUUUGUCUCUCCUAAGAAUCUGUUUUUCUCUCCCAUGGGAGCAAAAACCACCCCCACCCUUGAAAAUGCCUGGUGUAGACUGAAAGGAGGUAAGAGAUUGGGCUCCUCUCCCCUCUUCUGGGGCCAGAGCUCUCUCACAGUGAGGGAUUCCAGAGUCAGAAAGGAAAGGAAAAUCCCAGUGGUGCGGGGACAGGAAGUGGUGUCAUGGGGCUCAGAGGGACAGGUGCAGAGGGUGAGUAGGGAUGGGGCUGGGAAGGAAUCAACCUGCUUUCUGGGACAUGGAAGGCAGCGUGUCACCCAUGGCUCCUGCCUCUGCUUGUGCAAUCACUGUGCCUUUCAACAAUCACUGAGCACCUCCUGUGUGCAGGCCCUGCCUGGGCACUAGAGACACCCCAGAGGAUGAGGCUGGGUCUCUGCCUUCAAGAGUGUAGCUCCUAGAGGGGGCAGGUAAUCACAGGAAAGGGGUGAAGCGGUGAAGAGGGGCUGCAUGUGGGGCUCAGAGGGGGUUCAGAGCCCAGCCUCAGGGGGAGGCCAUGGAUGGCUUCCUAGAGGAGACAGAGCAGAGGGGGUGGGGGGGCACGUCCCUUCCAGAGCUAGUUGUCACAUUUUGUGGUUUGAGGGGACAGGGCAGAGGAGGUAGGGCUUUCUUCUAGAGGUGGGGCCAUGAAGAGAUGACACUGAGAAAGCCCCUCUGAGCUGCAGUGUGCAGGGGCUAGAAAAGGGGGUAUGGGGCCUCCAAAGGAGAUGGUGCCAAGAGCAUGGCAGGGUGGCUAAUGGUCAGUGCUGGGGACAGAAGGAGAGGUAGGACUGGCCUAAUACCAAGCAGGUAAUACUCACAGGACCUGGGCUCCAGGUGGAUGAAAUGGUGGGUGAGGAUGCGGCUGGGGUCAGGGCUGACUUCUGGCUUCUGGCUUGGGCCCCAGGUGCUGGAGAUGUCUCUACUGAAUGUGGAGCAUGGGAGAGGAAUUGGUUUGAGGGGGAAGAGGAUGAGUUACAUCCUGGACAUGUUGAGUCUGAGUUGCCUAUGGAACUUGAGCGAGAGGUGUGGUGUGUAGUCUUGGGCAAGUUAGCCAUUCUGGGCCUCAGUUUUCUCAUUUGUAAAGUGGGUCUAAUAAUAUUACCUACCACUUGUGUUAAUGUGAGUAUUCAAUGAAAUAAAACAUGUGAUACUGAGAAUGGUGUAUGGCACAGAGUAAGUGUUCAAUAAACCAUCAUGCCUUUUC